AUGCUCCGGCGAAGGCUGCUGCCAGGCACCCAUCGUCCUCAACCACGGGGGACUGGCCGGAUCAAAGGAGCUGGUACCCAUGUCGUGGAGCUGGAGUCUUUCGAGUGGAACCGCAGCGCCGUCCGGAAAUUGCCCACGCGCGUCUUCGUCGCCACGUACGGCUGGUUCGCGGCAUGGAGCUUCUCGCACCAGCUUUCCACGCCAUCCUCAUCGACCGAAGUUCCCAUCUGGCUCGAUUGGGAAGUGAUGGAUGGCCACAAGGACGACGAAGAUCAGCUGCAGAGUUCGGAGAAGUGUCCUAGGAACUUGGCCCGUAGAGUCUGCAGGAGCGACAAAGCGUACUGCGGUAGAGGUUCGACAGGCGGCUACUGGUGCUCCUGCAGUAAAGGCUACAUGGGCAAUCCCUACAUCAGCAACGGAUGCCAAGACAUCGACGAGUGUGAGCAUUCAGAAUUCAACAUCCACAACUGCUAUGGUCAGUGUACCAAUACGGAUGGUUCGUUUCAGUGCCGUUGCCCAAACGGAACCCGCGGGGACCCGUACAUCCCUGGUGGCUGCUUCAGUUUCCUCACUGAUAAUUGUAGCAUGUCCUGUGGCAAUCUGAGUGUGCCAUACCCGUUUGGCAUAGGCCCGGCCAAGUGCUAUGUGCCAGGGUUCAAGCUCACUUGUGACACCAGCCACCGCCCUCCGCGACUGAUGCUAGGCCGACUCCAAGUCGUCGAUAUCUCCCUCCGCAAGAACACCAUCCGAGUCAUCAACAUUGACCGAGUCUCUAGAUUCGAUGAUUUCAUACGCAGUUUUAAUGGCAUCAGCUUUGGGAUCGGCCCGGGAGAGGCGGUGCCCUACUCGCUGUCUACCCACAAUGAGCUCAUCCUCAUGGGGUGCAAUGUGCAGGCGGUGUUGUCCAACACUGGGAAGAACCGGGAAAUCCUUAGUGGUUGCUCCUCCUUCUGCCCCACAAACAAGAAUGUAACCUAUGAUACCGCGGCAGCUUCUAGCAUGGAUGAUAAGGAGUACUGCUAUGGCAUGGGCUGCUGCCAAGCACACAUCUCCACGUCUAGGGAUGGCAUGCCGAGUGAAUUAUGGGUUGAUUGGAUAGACCCCAACAUGUACUCGGUUAGGCUAUUGCCGCUGUCAUACGUGUUCAUCGCCGCAGAAGGGUGGUUCAACAAGAGUUGGGUCUCUGCCCAGCUUCCGGAGUCGUCAUGGACAAACGGUCUAGGACCUAGACUGAAGGUUCCCACUAUUCUAGACUGGGAGAUCUUGCAACUGCAACCAACCAGCUCGCAGCAGCUAGCCAAUGUGAGCAUACCACAGCGGAAAACACAAUAUAUCAAGUGUCCUGGCAUAUGUAGGAGCAAGAACAGUCUCUGCAAACCAAUGAUCAGAGGCUACUCGUGUCAAUGUAGUGAGGGUUACGACGGCAAUGCCUAUCUCAUCGAUGGAUGCAAAGGUGUUGGUCGCAAACGCUUUAAAGGCAUGAGCAGCGUCAUAGGAGUUGCUGCUGGAGCUGGACUAGUAUUAUUGUUUCUUGCUGUAUUUUUCAUUAUGAAGAAACUAAAACAUGGGAGGUCUCAAAUGUUAAAACGUAAGUUCUUCGAACAAAAUCGCGGCCAGCUUUUGCAACAAUUGGUAUCCCAAAGUGCUGGCAUUGCAGAAAGAAUGAUCAUAAACUUAGAAGAGCUAGAGAAGGCAACUCAUCGCUUUGAUAAAGAUCUUGUGGUUGGUGGCGGAGGACAUGGUAUUGUUUACAAAGGGAUAUUAUCAAACCAACAUAUUGUGGCAAUCAAGAAACCGAAGAAGGUGUUGAAGAAGGAGAUCGAUGAGUUUAUCAAUGAGGUAGCUAUCCUAUCACAAAUAAACCAUAGAAAUGUCGUAAAACUCUAUGGUUGUUGCCUUGAAACCGAAGUACCAAUGUUAGUCUAUGAGUUCAUAUCUAAUGGGACACUUUAUGAGCAUCUUCAUGUCGAGGGACCAAAAUCCUUGUCUUGGGAUGACAGGUUGCGCAUAGCCAUUGAGGCAGCAAAAUCAUUGGCCUAUCUUCACUUAGCUGCUUCAGCACCUAUCAUCCAUAGGGAUGUCAAGUCUGCUAACAUACUUUUGGAUGAUACUCUGACAGCAAAGGUAGCAGAUUUUGGAGCUUCAAGGUACAUCCCGAUGGAUAUAUCUGGGGUUACAACAAGGGCUCAAGGUACGAGAGGGUAUUGGGAUCCUGUGUACUUUUACACAGGGCGGCUAACUGAGAAAAGUGAUGUAUAUAGCUUCGGGGUCGUCCUUGUGGAACUGCUAACCAGGAAGAAACCAUUUUCAUAUUUGUCCUCGGACGAUGAGAGUCUUGUUGCACACUUUGCUACCCUGUUUGAAAAAGGUCAAUUGCCACAGAUAUUAGAUCCACAAGUCAUCGAGGAAGGAGGCAAAAAAGUGGAAGAAGUGGCUACUAUCGCGGUUUCCUGCAUAAAACUGAGCAGAGAGGAUCGCCCGACCAUGAGGCAAGUGGAGUUGACACUAGAAGGCACACAUGCAUCUACAGGGAAACCUUCGAAUAAUACAUCUCCAUUUCCAAAAGUUGAAAGCAACCCUAGGGGGUCGAUCAGGCGGUACAGUAUGGAACUUGAGUUCAGGUUAUCUGCAGAGCACCCUCGGUAG